CAGGCCCUAGUCGAUGUCACAUUGAUCUGCGAUGAACAAAAGCUACGUGUUCACAAGCUGGUUUUAGCUUCAAAUAGUAUAUACUUUGAGAUCUACUGAUGACUGAGCAGUGUUAUUAACAUUUUAUUGAAUGAGCUUUCAAAGAUGUCUUAUUCUUUCUUAAUUAUUUGACAUUAUUUAACUAUAGAAUUAUUUAUUGAUUAAAAGGACAUUUAAUUGUUUGCUCAUUUAAGUAAAGUAAUGGUAAUUUGGAAUUAUAUUUUUAUGAUCCGUAUUUAUUGGUUUUAGUGUAAUGAACAAAAUUUCUCGUACGUCAUUUUUAAGAAUACAAGGGAAGUUCCAUACAUACCAUUAUUAUAUACCAAAGAGAGAUUUUAUUGUAAUAUAUGUAGGAUUUAAGUAUAUACAAUUACAAAUGUGCUAUAUACGUACUAGUUCAAAGCCAAACAUAUUUUUUUACUAACCCAUUUUUCACUAGAAUGUCUACCAAACAUCAUUUUACAUUUAUAAAAAAAAGACUUUGGACUUUUUUUAUUUGAUAUAUAAACAGUGAUGUAGAGAAGAAAGGUAUUCUUAUUAUAUUUACUUCAAAAUUGGGAAAUAUAGUGUACUUAUAGUCGAACAAUUUUGCAGGGAUAAUAUAAAAAUUCAUAUAAACUAAAGAAAGCCUUGUAUAUCGGAAUUUCAGUAGUUCUUAACAAACAUUUGAAGAAACCAAGUUUGAGGGGCAUACAUUUUCACAACUUUCGAAGAACUUAGAAAGGAAAUACUACAACAAGAUUUGGGGCAAGAGCCAAUUAUACUUUUAAAAGACUUGGACUUUGAAAUUUUGAAGGCCAUGGUCGAAUUCAUGUAUUGCGGCGAAACUACGAUAUCUCAUCAGCAUUUAUCAUCGUUGCACACGGCGGCACAAAUUUUUAAGGUUAAAGAAUUGGUAUCUGUGAUCGAUACUAUUGUUGAUUCCAAGAACAUUUUGAAUGAUUUUGAAAGUUGCCUAAAACAGCAAAGAGGAGAUUGUAGUUUAAAAGUUGCAAACAAUUCGCACACAGAGGAUGAUUACGUCUGUGUUAGAUGUGAUAAGCUAAGCAUGGACGAGAAUACGACGGUCUGUGCAAGUAGCAAUAAUAACGAUAUAAGCUCAAAUAAGAAUCAAUCUUUAGAGAACGACAUGAUCGAAGGCACCGAGCACGAUUUAGAACACACUUUGUACGAAGAAUCGAGCGCUAUCGAUGCCAGCAAGAGAGAUGCGAUGGAUACAUUGUUCUCAACGUCUGAUGUAAAUAUAAGUAUACAAAGCGACACUGCUACCAAUACCGUACUUACACCCGUAGGUAUGGUAAACGAAGUACAAACCAGGUGCACAAACAGCAAUAGAGACAAAGCUUGCUGUCAUAGUCUCGAUUUCAAACCCAUCUUGUACGAGCAAUGCUGUGAUUUUUCCUGCGACGUUAACGAAAACGAUCAAACUUCUACACUGUCGCAAUCUUGCCUUCCACAAGUCGAAAACGACUUGGAGCGCUGUUCCGAGAGUAGCACAGAUGUUCCUAGCACGGUAGGAAAAUGCGUCAAGGUUUAUACGCCCAAACGACGUAGAUCCAUUGACGAAGUUCGCAAUAAGCUUGUACAUACGCAAUGCAAUUUAGUGCCAACUCCGCCGCACUCUACGGAUUCCAUAGAUUUACUAGACGAGCCGUCCGCUAAUGAUGUACCAGUUACUCUGUUGACUUCCUUAGAUAUGGAAAGCGCCGAAUAUAUCUUAAGCUUGAGUACAGAAAGCAUACAAUCGAUAGUAGGUGGUACUAUAAGCGAUCAACAUACGGUAAUCGGAUGUAGAGGAAUAAAUGUGGAACGAGAUGCCGCUAAGGAGCGACUAAAUUUCCCAACAAGUGACACGGAUUGCGCGAAACCGGUUCUAAGACGUAGCACGCGACUGAGUCAACAAGAGAGCGACGAGGCUGCGAGUCUUUCCUCGGGAAGCUCCUCGGGAACCGAGAAACCGUUCAAAAAAGGUAAUUCCCCCAACAGAACGGAAUCUUACGCGAGAACGAAACGCAAGAGGAAGGAGGAUCGUAAAGUGCCGGAUCACAGCGCAAUCGCGAGCGCAGUGCAAUCCAGCAAAAAGAGCUCCAACAGCAAGAAGACUAAUUCGAAAUUGAUAGUAAGAAAGAGUAACAAAUCCGCAUGUACAGUUGCCGCUAAUAAGGAAAGAGAAGAACCGAAGUCGAAAACGCAUAGUAGAUUUAAGACCGAAAAUACGGAGAGAUUGAUGACGGCGGAACAUCCCACCGCUUACCACUCCAAUGUAUGCAAGUGCAUAAGUCGCGCUUUGUGGGGCGAUAUGUCUGAUACGUUAGAUUAUUGGGAGAACGAGAUGGAUCUGCUCGCGUAUCCGUCCAACACCGAGAUUCCCUUCGCCGUCGGCUUGCUACCCUUGCGGACCGCUUUGGAAAAGAUGCAGGCAACGCCGGAUUAUCAACCGCGCAAAACGCGUUCGUCAGUCGCGCCGAUGAAGCAAGAUGCAGGUAAUAAUCUAAAACGAAAGUACUGCACACCGUUCGACGCUGUGGUACCGUCGAAAAAGCAAAACGGCAAUAACAAUGACGAGAGCCCGAACACCGUGUGUCACAUAGAGAUACGGACAGCACCGUCGCAAUGCGUAAAAAAUCGUAAACGAUUCCUUCCGGAUUCGAUUACGAGCCUGCCAGCAAAUGAACCGGCGUCGCAAAUGGCGAGCAAUAACGUGGGUUAGAAAUUUACUUGCAAUAAAACUGUUAGCUCAAGUAUGCCGUAUCGUAAUCUUGAAUAGCGUUAAAGAUCAUGAAAAGGCAGCGAAAUACCAGCGUCAGAUUCUCCUGUUUUUAAGCUUAACUGGUGCGAGAAUAAUUAAGAAUAAUAACUUAUUUUCCUCGCCAUUUAGAAUCCAUUCGUAUAACAUUUGAAUAUCUCGCAAUUUGUACAAUGAUAAAUGAUCUUAAUUUAAAUGUAAAUAGGAAUAUUUUUACGUACGUUUUUGCACGAACUCUUGCAGCCACAUAAUUAUAUUAUACCUUGCAAAUAAUUGUACUUCUCUUAAGCCAUUCAUAUAUCGUAGGUAAUUUCAUAUUUUUGAUAACGUUAAUUUAAUUGUAAUUUAACUUUAAAUACUAUUUGCAAUUGUGUAGAGAGAAAUAGAAAUGUUAAUAAUCCUGUUAUAUUUUCAACAAUGUUUAAAAUAAGCACUGUCCGUUCUCGUUUUGUAUAUUCGUAGCAAGUGCAAGAACAAAUUGUACGCAUGGUUAAAUUUUACCUAUUUAGCACAAUUGUUUUUAAUCAAAUUCAAAUGUAAUAUUUUUCUCAUCGCGCACAUGAUUUGAUCACACUUGAUUACAUAAGAGUAAAUAUGAUUAUUUGUGCUUGAAAACGUCUGAAAUUUAUUUUAAGCAAUACAAAAUGAUUAUGCGUGAAAAACGAUCUAUUUUUAUAAAUCUUUGUUUUUUAAUUAUACACAUUUGUGGAAAUAGCUCUGUAGAACAAUUUUAAGACUUUGUACCUUAAAGAGUAUAUAUAGCAGCAAUAACAUUUUAAUAAAAACUUCGUGAGUCAUAUUAGCGUAUAACUUAACAUAAAUUUAGAAAGUAAAUAGAAAGCAAUUUGUAACAGAAUUUAGCAAAUAUUGUGAUGAUAAUAAUUUAUUUGUCGUUUCAA